GCUCUUUAAAACUAUCCAGAGAAUAUACUCCUACUGUGCUUGGUGAUAACAAGAUGGUUGGCCUUGGACAUUUUGCCUCAAGCCAAAUGAAGAGACAGGUUAAUAACAGGUUAAGCUAAGGGCACAACCCACAGCUUACAGUAGGUGCAAAUACGUGCAGUACGUGCCAAAACGUGGGCGAUCUUUAGGGAUCCGUAAGUGGCCACGUGGAAAGACCAUGACGUCAUCACGUCGCGAUGUCUUCGUACUGAUUCCGUUCCACGACGUGGACCAAGAGAAGGCUGAGGUGUUACGUAGAUGCCCGGAUGUACAGGUGAAGGAUGUCAUCUUCAGCAAUAUCGACGACAAUGAGACGCUCCUGGAGUACACCGAGCGAGUUAAAAAGGUCGUGACAGAAAGAGACAUCAACAUCAUUCUUCCCACCUCUGAUCUGUCGACAUUUGUACACGCCGCCAUCACCAAAGACUUCCCCCAUAUCCCCGGGCCCAGUGUUGAGUCCUGCUUUCUGGCUUUCCACAAGGCUUACACCCGGCAGUACCUGGACCCGACUGAAAACCCACCUCCCUACGAUGUGGUGGAUUUGAACUCGCCCACCAUGCUUGAAGAUGCAGGGCGGGCCCUGAAAAAAGUCGGUUUGCCCGCCUUCGUUAAGCCUGCGGCAGGGUCUGACACCUUUGGUGUGAGAAAACUGAAAAGUCUGGAGGACUUGAUGCUCGCGCUGCAAGAUCUGAAGGCAAUGGGAGACAAAAAUCCCAACUUCAUACCAUCACCUGGUGCCGCAUUCUUUAGGGAUUAUUUUAAGCUGUACCUGGACGUGGAAAAGUACCCGCUCGCCCUGCGUGAUGUCGCCAUCGUGGAGCCGUAUCUGGAUGCCUUGGCUAACUGUACCGUUGACGGAUGCGUUGUGGACAAGAGAGUUGUGCAUUGGCCGAUAACUGACCAGAUCCGUUUCGAUGAUCAAGACGCCAAAUUCGCCGCCGCCAUCUCUCCGAGCUCUGAACCGGAGGACGUGCAGGCGCGCAUGCGCGAGGUGUAUGACGGCGUCAUGGACAGGAUGGUUCGGUUUGGCUUCAACCAUGGCUUCACAAACAUCGAGGUGUUCAAGAUGAAGGACGGACAGUUGAGGCUAUGUGAAGUGAACGCAAGGGGGUCAAAGCAACUCCAAACCAUCUACAAGGCGAGCCACAGCAACGUUAACCAGGACUACGUGUAUCUGACUGCUGGCAGCGGUAUCCGACCAGUCCUCCCCACCGAGACAGGGAGGUAUGGCAUAGCGUACCCUGUCCGGUUCCGCGUUCUGGACAGGCCGGGAAACUUGGUUCACUUCGACCAGAUCGAAAAACUGAAGCAGGAUCCUGACGCCAACAUCAGACUGGUAGCGGGUCCUGACGAUGACGUCACCAGCUUUGCCGGCAGCGCGGGAAAUCACUUCAUGUACCUGCACACUUACGGCGACACGCGGGAGGCCAUGAUCAGAAAGAUGGCUGACGUCUUACAAGUCAUCGUCAAGAAACCAGAGCUACUGACUUAUCCAAUACAUUAUGGGAUGUGAGAGUUUUCACCAAGCAGAUGUAGAACAGUAAAACUGUAACAUUUGUCAAGCUCCAAGGGCCCAUGGAUGCUUCCGUGGCCGGCAUAACGAUUUUAACAUUGGAAGAUCUGGUAAAAGAUUAUUUGAAGAUUUGCUAAGAAAUUGCACUGCUCAGUAACUCAGUUUAAAUACAUGUAAAUCACAUUAUAAGAGGAAAUGACUGGUGAACAAAUAAAAAUCAACUCGUUAACUUAAACC